UAACACUUGGGCAAGCCCAUGGGAUGCGUCUCCGUCCUGACAACCUAGUCGGCUCAGCUACACUGACUAUAUAGUCGCACUCCCCCAUCUGGUAUAGGGACGCGGCGCGCCUCAGAAAAACUGACGUGUUUUGCGCAUUUCCUGCACCAGCGUAGACGGUCGGGGGGAGAAGAGGUAGGUCUGCAGGAAACCAAGAACAGCAACGGCGAGAAAACAGCCUGGAAAAAUAAGGAGCGAACAGAAACCAAGAAAACCACAACUUAAAUAUUGCUGAAGCUAUUCUCAAAUCGGGUAGCCUGUUUGGGAAACAUUCCCAAUGCACGGCACGAAGGCAGGAGUCUCCCUCUCUUCCAAAGGUGGAAUACGAGUGUUUCCAAAGCAUAGUAGAGUUACGGAGGAGAUCCAGCUUUGAUAGAUUUUGCUGUGUCCGUUGUGGUUUGGAAAGGCUGUUGAUAUUCCAACUGCUGCAUAGUCGUAUUUUCCCUGCGUGUAGGCCUACGCUUCUCAAGACGUUUAUUUAUUCUAUUCAAAAGAAAGGCUUUGUCUGGUUGAACCCCAAAUGUGGAUUAUCAUUGUGAAGAACAGUCCUACCAGAGAGCAAAAAACAAGACCAUUUACUCUCUCUAGACAAUUUCAGAACGACUGAUUUGCAUCCGAUUGGCAGGCUAUGUGUGUGACAGAUUGAGACCGGACGGCAUUUUCCGUUAUAUUCAAGUCUCAAGAACCUUUUGGAAGAGCCACUACAUUCAAUACGUGGUCUUCAUUUGAGGAUUCACAAAGCUACAUAAGACAGGCUAAAUUAUUCAUGACCAGUUGAAGUGGCUGGGUUAAAGGAAUAUUGUAAACAACCAACCCUGUUCAAAAUCCUAUUGAAACGGAUUACAUCACCGCCAUGGUGGUUUUCAAUGGGUUAUUGAAGAUCAAGAUAUGUGAGGCGUUGGACUUGAAACCGACAGCUUGGUCUCUUAGGCACGCGGUUGGCCCAAAGACCCAGACUUUCCUCCUAGACACCUACAUCGCGCUAAACGUGGAUGACUCGCGUGUGGGCCAAACCUCUACCAAACAGAAAACCAACAGUCCGGCGUGGAACGACGAGUUCGUCACGGAGGUGCAUGACGGAAGAAAAAUCGAACUGUCGGUGUUUCACGACGCGCCAAUUGGAUAUGACGAUUUCGUUGCCAACUGCAUAAUACAGUUUGAAGAUAUAUUACAGAAUGGCAGUAAGCACUACGAGGAAUGGAUUGACUUGGAGCCUGAAGGAAGGGUGUACGUCAUCAUCGACCUGUCUGGAUCGUCUAGUGAAGCCCCGGGCUCCAGUGAGAAUGCUGAGGAGCGCGUGUUUCGGGAGCGCAUGCGGCCGAGGAAGAGGCAGGGGGCCGUACGAAGGAGGGUCCACCAGGUCAAUGGACACAAGUUCAUGGCCACCUACCUAAGGCAACCCACCUACUGCUCCCACUGUAGAGACUUUAUAUGGGGUGUGAUCGGGAAACAAGGCUACCAGUGUCAAGUGUGCACCUGUGUAGUCCAUAAGCGCUGCCAUGAGCUCAUCAUCACAAAGUGUGCCGGGAUGAAGAAGGACAAGGAGGACAACACCCCGGAGGAGGUCGGAUCCCAGCGGUUCAGUGUUAAUAUGCCCCAUAAGUUUGGUAUACACAACUUCAAAGUCCUUACCUUCUGCGACCACUGUGGAUCACUGCUGUGGGGCCUGCUCAGACAAGGGCUGCAGUGCAAAGUCUGCAAGGUGAAUGUACACAGACGCUGUGAAAGCAACGUGGCUCCUAACUGCGGUGUGGACGCACGAGGCAUCGCCAAGGUUCUUUCCGACCUGGGGGUCACGCCUGACAAGAUCUCCAGCAAUACACAGAGGAGGAAAAAGAUUUCCCAAGAACCUCAGCAGGUGUUACCAUGUACCCCCCAGACAGAAGAGGACCGCUCCAAAUCAGCACCCACCUCCCCAUGUGACCAAGAUCUUAAAGAGUUGGAGAACAUUCGCAAGGCGCUGUCAUUCGACCAACGUGGACAGGAACAAAGGUCGGCCUCGUCCUCAUCGUCCAGCAGGGUGGUGGUGGGUUCGGAGGAGGGUGAAGGUCGUGAGAAUGGAGAGCUCAAGACUGUCCAGACCAAGAGAAUGAGCCUACAGGACUUCCUCUUCAUCAAAGUCCUAGGCAAAGGCAGCUUUGGAAAGGUGAUGCUGGCUGAGCUGAAAGGAACAGAUGAGGUGUAUGCUGUGAAGGUGUUGAAGAAAGACGUGAUCCUGCAGGAUGAUGAUGUAGACUGUACCCUGACGGAGAAACGCAUCCUGGCAUUAGCCAGGAAACACCCAUACUUGACACAACUCUUCUGCUGCUUUCAGACCAAGGACCGACUGUUUUUUGUGAUGGAGUAUGUGAAUGGAGGAGACCUGAUGUUUCAGAUCCAACGCUCAAGGAAGUUUGACGAGGCACGCUCUCGCUUUUAUGCUGCCGAGGUCACCUCGGCCCUCAUGUUCCUUCACCAACACGGAGUCAUCUACAGAGAUCUUAAACUGGAUAACAUCCUGUUGGAUGCGCAGGGCCACUGUAAACUGGCUGACUUCGGCAUGUGCAAGGAGGGGAUCCUCAACGGUGUAACCACCACCACUUUCUGUGGAACCCCGGACUACAUCGCUCCUGAGAUCCUGCAGGAACUAGAGUAUGGCCCGUCAGUGGACUGGUGGGCUCUGGGGGUGCUUAUGUAUGAGAUGAUGGCGGGCCAGCCCCCCUUCGAGGCCGACAAUGAGGACGAUCUGUUUGAGUCCAUUCUCCACGAUGAUGUCCUCUACCCAGUGUGGCUAAGCAAGGAGGCCGUGUCCAUCCUGAAAGCAUUCAUGACGAAGAGUCCCAGCAAGCGUCUGGGCUGCGUGAGUAACCAGGGCUUGGAGGAGGCAAUCAAGGUUCAUCCCUUCUUCAAAGAGAUCGACUGGGUUUUGCUGGAGCAGAAAAAGGUCAAACCACCCUUCAAGCCUCGUAUUAAAACCAAAAGGGACGUGAACAACUUUGACCAGGACUUCACUCGCGAGGAGCCUGUUCUCACCCCAGUAGAAGACGCCAUUAUUAAACAGAUCAACCAAGACGAGUUCAAGGGUUUCUCUUACUUUGGAGGAGAGGAGACUCUGUCCUAAGGCCUGCCUACACACCCAAAAGCACACACACACAGUUGCUGUCCACUGCAUCUUUGUGCUUUUAUGCACAUCCAACAUACACACACAUUUGUAUAAACACAAAUACAUGCAGCAAAAUGACGUACACCCCCAUUCACUUACACACCCCCAUUCACUUACACACACCCAUUCACUUACACACCCCCAUUCACCUACACACCCCCAUUCACUUACACACACCCAUUCACUUACACACACCCAUUCAGGAAGACAUAUACAGUGUUAGAGUGUAACAGGGGUAGGCAAUUCGAUAAAGCCGUUGGCCAAUUUCCGUCAAGGUGGAACAUAAUUACAAUAGUUCUAAAAAUGUAUGUGUACAAUGAGAAUUGACUAUUACAAAAGCCCCAAAAUGAAAUUUUUAAAUAGUAAUAGGUAAUUACAUCCAGACAUCAUCGCAUAGUCUCUCUUUUUUAUCAAAGAGAAUAGUGGAGAAUCUACUAAAUCCAGCCACUUUAGUUGAAUUUCUGUGUUUACCCCAAAAUAUUUUGGUAAACACAAAACCAAAUCGCUUGCAGACCGGUUUUGACCCGUGGGCAACCUGUUGCCAACCCCUCCAGUACAGUUUGCACGUCGAAAAAUGUAUUACACUCAUAUAAAACUCUAGCCAUUAGGGCCUCAUAAAAGUAUCAGUGUUCAAAACCUGAACAAGACCAUCUACAUCGCUGUAACAGUAUAUCUGUCUGUCUGACCAUCAGUGCAUGUUUUCUGUGUUACAAACGGUCUUUCAAGAGUAUGUCAGAUAGGAAGCCCAUCUGCUUUACUGUCAAGGUCCUAUUGACAGAUUCCGACCACUCCUGAUGUAAUCAACCUCCUUGGUGGAGAGUGGCCACCUGGGACUGCUCUUAUAGCUGGGUCUGGGCGGAUAUUAGUGAUGAACGGUCCUAACAGUCCUGUCCUACAUUAUGUCACAAGGCCCUUCCCAGUGGACUAUGAAAUGAACAAGGAAUGUUUGGAUGACGAUGUCGACUUAUAUGUGUAUAUAUGGAUUUAGAGGCCAGGGGCUGUGUGCUUUGGACAGGGGUCUAGUUCGACAUAUUCCCUGUACUAUAGGUCGGACUUUGAACUGUUUCGCCAGCCAUCGUAGUUCCUCAGUGAGUAUAUGACACCGAAAUGAUGAUAUUCUAAUAUGAAUCUGUAAUUUCUUAAGCUGUCCUGUAAGUCUGUCGAUGUACUAGAAUGUCCUCCUCCUCUGCCGUGUUUGAAUGAAAAAAAUAUAUAAUUCCAUCGAACCAAUGAUUGUAUACAAAAGCUAAAACGUAUUGGUUCACAGUAUCAAGGAAAAGAUAAGCCUGUAACUAUUGGUAACUAUUGAUUCCUCAAGAUAAAACAACACCACAAUUGGGGUCCGUGUACAGUACAUCAAAUGCCUUUUGUGUGUAACUGCCAACCAGUUACAUAUUGUAGAUAUGCCCACAGUGUUAUUGUAGCUUAGCUCCAUAUACUCUCAUGAAUGUCAUGGGUUUCUAUGUGAAUGGAUGUGCUUGUAAGGGAGUGAAUGUUGGUAUGUAACUGAGUGUAUCGGAUAUGUUUGCGUGCGUGUGCCAGUACUGUAGGUAUACUAGUCGUCAUGUGUCCGUCAGUGCGUGUGGGACAUAGGCAGUGGGUUCACAAGAAGUGCCCUCUUGAAGCUUUUACAUUUCACUCUGUCCGGUUUAUUUCGUUUUCCAUUGGAUUUGUCGUGAUUUUACUGGAUCGUCUUGUUGCUCAGCUUCUGAAAUCCCGGAUUUCCCUGCUAUGCAACAAGACUCACAAUCAAGUGGGCGAGGGCAUCACCAGAUAGCCAUGUCUUUCCCUUUGUACAGACCACCUUGUAUAUAGAAGCCUGUGAACUUCUCGGAGAAAUAGAGGUAUCAUCCUUUGCAUGGUCACGCAUAUGAUAUUAAUGUGUAUUACUAGGAUAUGAAAAAUGUACAAUGUCCAUGUGCAAUAUUAUUUGUAUGUUUGUGUUUUUUUUUUUUGUCUCCUGCUUUUUCUUCCUUCCACUGAUUCUUUGCUGGCGUUCCGCUUGGUUUUUCUGGUAUAUAAAUGCAUGGCGGUUUUCAUUUGCCUGUCUUUAACUCAGUUGAUAGCCAUGUCUCUGUGCUUCCUUCAAAAUGCUCAAUUGAACCACAUCAUCAUCUCUCUUCCUUGCCCUCUGUGCCCUAACCCUUAGGAAAAUCUACAUUUCCUGUAGCACUUCUGCUUAGAACAUUCCAGCCAAAAGUAGUGAAACUAUUGGAUUCAUGAAGCUUACGGUUCACAUAACAAACAACGCAUCAUAAAACUUGAGCGAAUAUGUGGAAUAUGUGCUAGAAGUAAAAUCCGCCGUCACAUUCAGUAGACCACAAAAGUAUCUAAUGAUCUACUGAUUCAGUAAAUCAGUAGACCACAAAAGUAACAGCGUUGGUUUGUUAUGCUACUGCAACCGGAACAUUCCAUUUUAGAUUAACAUUAAAGUAACUUUAGAAAUUUGGUUCCAUAACAGUAGGACUGUUCAGAUUUGAUGAGGCAGGGAUGUCAGCGUGGCAGUGGUAGUAGCGACAUUGUAGAAGUAGCAGUUGUAAUCAUAGUAGUAGUUUUAGUAGUGGCGUAGUUGUAGUGAUUAUAGUAUUAUAAGUAGCAUGCGUAACGUUGCUAGCACCACUAGCGGUAGCGGUUAUGACAUGAGGAGAACUGUAGCAACAGUGGUCGACGAUCAGUAUUUGCAUGGCUUUAACUAUGCCUAAUACUAGAUUGUGAAGAUGCUUAAUGCCCACCCCCUUCUAACACACACACAAACACACACACACACCACUGCUUGUAACCGUUUAUACACCCAAAGCGCCUAUAUACUUUUGACACUCAUGCACCCGUGUGAUUGUCCCCUCCGUUACGAAGUCAGCGCGACAUGAGAACAGUGUGAAAUUACAUGUAAUGUUACAGAGAUACAUUUCAGAGGCUACACCAUUCACCCUGGCACCUCACUGAUUCCUUUAACCAGUUAUUUAUGAGUUAACCUUAACAGUACUGGUUGUGCUUUAUCAUGUCAUGAGAUCAUGUCUAUCUUUCCUCUCGUGUCUCUGUCAGUGUUGUGUCCUUUUGAUUUAAUUCACUGGUCUCUUUGGUUUACAGUCUUUGUGUUUUGUGCUUUUUUUUAUGUUUACUCUAGUGUGCGCGCGUGUUUUUGUUACGUUCGUGUUUGGUUUUGCACUCCGACCAAUAAGGACAGCGUCCGUCAAAGGUCCAAAAUGCUCCACGCCAAAUCCUAACUCCUACUUUCCAUGCUCCUUUUUUUUUUUUUUUUUUUUUU